AUGGCUACCAGACCGCGUUGGCCCCGGAAAACCCUGGCACCAGUGCUGCGGGUUUCAGCCACUCGGCCCUACGUACUAGUUGCCGCAUCCAUCGACGAUGCGCCACCAGAAGAAGUUCAUCAGUGUAACGAGUUCAGCUUCACCAGCGCGCGGAGUAGAGAGCGAAGAGCACAGCCCGUCGUCUUCGCUGCGGCUCACUUCGCGUCGCAAGGGCGGGGUCGAAAGCGACGCUUGAUGCUUGCAUGGCGUGCCCGGGCUGACGUAGAACGGAGUCGGCAGCUCCUCGUCUCCUCCAUAACACAACACCUCCAUUACCUUAAGUAUACCCUUCGUUCUCCAUACCAACACCCUCAUUUUGGAGACACCGAAGCGAUGUCUUACCGCGGAAGGCCUAGCAAAGGAUGUCAGAUGUGCAGAACCCGCAAAGUGAAAUGUGAUGAGGCCAAGCCAACCUGUUCAAGAUGCCAGAAGACCGGGCACGAGUGCCAGUACAGAGACCAGUCCGACCUUCUUUUCCGGAACCAAACAGCCAUUGCCGCCCAGAAGGCUGAAGAUGGCUGGCGCAAGCGGGCGACUAAAUCGGCUUCCCACAGCUCCAAAUCGAGCGAAUCACCACCAACAGCCGACUCGAUCUCAACUCUGACAUCGGUGGCCCAGCAUCUCAGUCUCAACAGGCAGCCGAGUGACGAUCUCCAAGACCUCGCAUACUCCCGUUGGCUCUAUGAUUUUGUAGUCCCGAGCUCCAGCACCGAUCCCGGCAUUAUCUCAGAUGGCGUCUUGGACUUUGUACCCAUGUACGAAAAUGCGGCUCCAGACUCGUGUCUCAGGGCCGCGACGCUGGCUACAUGCUAUGCGAACUUUUAUGGCCGCUUCAAAUCUGCUGAGGCUAAACUGCGGUCUUCUGAGUACUGUGGGAAAGCUCUCAAGCUCAUGCAAGCCGCAAUCAAAGACCCGGUCGAAUCCAAGUCGGACGAAACGCUUCUCACUGUAUAUUUACUUGGUGUGUGGGAGAAUCUUACAGCUGAUACAUACAACGGCCACUGGCUGGUCCACAAAAGCGGCGCAGUAGCUCUGUUGAGAUUUCGGAAACCUGAAGAAUACCAUACUCCCGUUGCCUCCCGGCUGUUCGAUCUAGUGUACGCACAGAUGCUGAUGGGUAAUCUCAACACAUGUGAAGAACCGCCGGCCGGCUUAGACCAUUGGGCAGACUCGGUACACACCUACAAGAUGCGUAUCACUGGAAUAACUCACUCGACUAUCCGGCUAUCCAAAGUGAUCCACUCAGUUGUCUCAAUCUGGUCUAAGUGGCGCAGACACGUUGCAAUGCCAGCCGGCACCAGCAGCCAUUCGAUUGAUCCGUUGCAGCUUUUAAUGGAGGCGAACGAAUUGGACAUCGCGUUUCAGACCUGGGAAGAGGAGAAUUUGCCCGAUGAUUGGAAGUUCCAAAUUCUUGAAAACAGGGCCUCUAUAUAUGGGCAGUACGACACGAAGUGGGUGGACAUGCUUCUGAAAAGCGAAGGGGCCCCGUUAGAAGUCCACGUAUACGAUUCUCUCAAGAUAAUCUUUGGAUGGAACCUCUAUCGCACCGCGAGGCUUUUUCUCAACAUAGCCAUGCAUGAGAUAAUCGGCGUAUUAAUGCUUUCCUCUCCGACAGGCGCUAGUCCGGCCAUCGAUCCGGUCCUGUUAGACCGAAGCCAUAUCGAAUGCCAGAUGUCAAGGAUGGUGAAAGAUGUCUGCGCGUCGGUCUUACCUCAGUUCACGGUAAUUAUCAGAACAAAGGAAGAUUCAAGCUCCGCUUCCAACGUCUGUGGGCUUAGAGGAUAUUACCUCCUUUGGCCCCUUGCCGUCACAUCUCAAGUAUUAAUAUCUGACAGCUUAGUCGGCAUAGACCCCAAGAGACUAGAAUGGAUCCAGAACGUCUUGAUCUAUCUAAAGAACGACUUGGGCAUCACGAAAGCAAGCGCCGCCGUAAAGGCGAUAAGCCUCUUCUUGGAACGCGGUCCUCAAGGAUAUCGUAGAAGCAAUUUCUGGUAGGGCUUGUGGUGUUCUGGUAGGCCUGAGGGCGUAUUCGUAUUGUAACUUCCCUAUCAGGACUCUAUAAUAACACUUCUGAUUCACGAUACUGCAUCAUUUACACCUUAUUUACUAUAUCAAGCCUAUUGCUAUCCAAUCUACGCCCUCUCGACUUUUAUGUCGCCUGAAUUCAAUUUCGAAUAGGCCAGAGGUGCUUCGAAAGGGUGCGUAGGUGCGCAAAACAGUGAUAGGCUUGAUGUAAAACGUGAUGUACGGCAAAUUUCAAGCAUAUGGGAUGUAGUCUUCCUGGUACAGCUCAUGGCAUUGCCAUCCUCAAUGUCGCUUCUCUCCUUC